AUGUCACGAUCGGUUAGUGAGAUUAUCACCGAUUUACAAAGAUUUAAUCCACGAACAGCUACAGCACAACAUCGUUUAUCACAUGAUUGCUAUAUGAUAUUAGUUGGUUAUGUACAAGACACCAAACAACUGAACAAAUUGAAAAAUAUGAUCACAUCUGAUGGAGAAACAGAUCUAGAUGAAUAUGGAACUGCUGGAAGUAUUACUAUCAUGGAAUCUGAAGAAGUGGAAUUUCUACUUGAAUAUAUGAAAUUACAGCAUAAUUCUGAAGAACUUCUGGAUGCACGUAACGAACACUUUGUUUAUGAAGAUAAUUUUAACAGUACCCUUUCGGGUUUCGUAGCAGAAAAAGCAUCAUUACAAAAACUAAGAAACAUUUGUCGUCACUAUGAAAACAGACGAGGAAUACAUGUGGAUAAUGUAAUUGCAGAGCAUGAUGCACGUGCUGCUCAGUCAUAUUCAUUUUUCGUAGGGAAAGGUUUGUCUGAAGAUGAAUCUUUAGCAGCAGCAUUUGCAAUUUCAUUUUAUACUGGAUCGAAAAGUGAAGCAUGUAGUCGAGGUGCUAGUUUAAUUGCACGGCAAAGUAAUGGAGUUGUUAUUGAUGAUAAAAUAGUUCAAGAACUGAGUGAAGCAUCAAUUAUUCUUUAUUAUUUAGUCAAAGUCAAAGCUCUUUCAUACAUACCCUAUUAUUGGGGUUAUGUUACACGAGCUUGUCAAUUGAAAGACGAAGAAUUAGAACUUUAUACAGCUGGUGCUUUGAUUACAUGGAUUCAAUUUAGUAGUUCAAAGAAAGGAAAAAAAGUAGCUAGUAAUGCUGGUUUUGCCGGUCGAAAUACAUUUUUCAAAAUCUGUUCACUGACUGGUCGUCCAAUCAAGGAAUUUUCAAACUAUCCAGAAGAAGAUGAAGUUCUCUUUUUACCACAUUCAACAUUUCUCGUCUUCAAACAUGUAACUAGUCAUCAUGGUCGUCAACAUAGUAUUUACAUGCGUCAGGUUGAGUUAGGUCUAUCUGCAUGGUCUGUAUUAUGGGUCGAUGACAAUAUAUUUAAUCCAGAAUGGGAAAAUAAAGAGCAUAUGGAAUAUGCAGCAGCUAAAGAGUUGAACAAGAAUGUACAUUUCAUUCCUAAAUCAUCAACAGAAAAUGCUCUAUCAUUUCUUCGAUCACUCUUUGGACAGAUUUUAAAAAAUCGAAAUACACUUCGUAUUGUUACUGAUAUGCAUCGUAGCAAUGAACAAUCACCUAAUAAUGCUGGUUCACGUUUGAUAAAAGGAUUAAGACAACUUGGUUUUCAAAACUCAUGUUUUGUAUUCACAAUGCAAAGAGGCAUAUGUAAUGAAAUCUUGAAAAAUGAAUUGAAUGACCAAGAACAUCAGAAUAUAAUAGUAUCAGCUAAGACACAAGAUUUAAGAAAGUUUGUCAAUUUUGAAUGA